CCUCCACCCACCCCUCCUUCACGGCGGGAUGAGCCGGCAUGGGUGGUCCGUGGUCCGAGGCGGGAUGCCGUGAAGGGAGCACGCCUUCAACUCUUUACCUAUUGUGAGAAGAGACGGUGCCGAGAACCGCAGCCCGCGCCAGCCUGUCAACUCCGCUGCCGCAGCGGAGCAGCCACCCAGCUCGCCACUCGGAGCGGAGAGAGGAGGACCUCAUGCCUAGAAACGGUGCUGCCGCUGCCCAGCCCUGACAGCCGAAGGGCAAGGAAAGAUCCCGGGAGCAGGGACCCCCCGUUCUCGGUUUCGCGAUGGCUAAUAGGCCCAGGGUCAGCGAGACUCUGAAAGUCGUGGUCCGCUGCCGCCCCAUGAACAGGAAAGAGGAAGCCACCGGCUACGAGAGGAUCCUGGACAUGGAUGUGAAGCUGGGCCAGGUGACUAUCCGGAACCCCAAGGCCUCCCCAGGGGAACUGGCCAAAACCUUCACCUUUGAUGCUGUGUAUGAUGCCACCUCCAAGCAGGCAGACCUGUAUGAUGAAACGGUCCGGCCCUUGAUCGAUUCGGUCCUGCAAGGAUUCAAUGGCACCAUCUUUGCCUACGGUCAGACGGGUACCGGGAAGACCUACACUAUGCAAGGGAUCUGGGCUGACCCUGAGAAGAGAGGCGUCAUCCCCAUCUCCUUUGAGCACAUUUUCACCCACAUCUCCCGUUCACAGAACCAGCAAUAUUUGGUCAGGGCUUCCUAUUUGGAGAUCUAUCAAGAAGAGAUCCGAGAUCUCCUGGCAAAAGACCAGAGUAAGAAAAUGGAGCUGAAAGAGAACCCGGAAACGGGUGUUUACAUCAAGGACCUUUCGUCCUUUGUGACAAAAAACGUCAAAGAAAUUGAACACGUCAUGAAUUUGGGGAACCAAACUCGAUCGGUGGGCAGCACGAACAUGAACGAGUACAGCUCCCGCUCGCACGCCAUCUUUGUCAUCACGGUGGAGUGCAGUGAGACUGGCCCAGAUGGAGAGGAUCACAUCCGGGUAGGAAAGCUCAACCUGGUGGACUUGGCUGGGAGUGAAAGGCAAAGCAAGAUGGGUGCCCAGGGGGAACGACCCAAAGAAGCCUCCAAGAUCAACCUCUCCCUCUCCGCUCUGGGGAAUGUGAUUUCAGCCCUGGUGGAUGGCAAAAGUACCCAUAUCCCAUAUCGGGAUUCCAAGCUCACCCGCCUUCUGCAGGACUCUUUGGGUGGCAAUGCCAAGACCAUCAUGGUAGCCACGCUGGGCCCAGCUUCCCACAGCUACGAUGAGAGCUUGUCAACCCUCCGAUUUGCUAAUAGGGCCAAAAAUAUCAAGAACAAGCCACGAAUCAACGAGGAUCCUAAAGAUACACUAUUGCGGGAGUUUCAGGAGGAGAUCAUCCGCCUGAAGGCCCAGUUGGAGAAACGUGGGAUGCUGAGCAAGAAAAGGCGGAGGAGUAGCCGGAGAAAGAAAACCAUAGAUGGGGAGGGAACCCCCGAAGGUGAAGAACCAGAGGACAAUGAGGAUGGAGGGCUGGAAAAAAACAUGAAAAAUUACUUGAAGGAGCAAAAGGAGAGGUUGGAGGAGGAGAAAGCUGCAAUCCAAGAUGACCACAGCCUGGUGAAUGAGGAGAAGCAAAAGCUACUGGAGGAGAAAGAAAAGAUGAUUGAGGAACUCAGGAGGGAGCAAGAGGCCACUGAACUUCUAGCAACCAAAUACAAGGCAAUGGAAAGCAAAUUGCUGAUUGGCGGAAGGAACAUCAUGGACCACACAAAUGAGCAGCAAAAGAUGCUUGAGCUGAAGAGACAGGAAAUUGCAGAGCAGAAGCGGCAUGAGCGGGAAAUGCAACAGGAAGUGCUUUUGCGGGAUGAGGAAACCAUGGAGCUCCGGGAGACAUUCACUUCUUUACAGCAGGAAGUAGAAAUCAAAACCAAGAAGCUCAAAAAGCUUUAUGCCAAGCUUCAAGCUGUAAAGGCAGAGAUCCAGGACCAACACGAUGAAUACAUCCGAGUGCGGCAAGACCUGGAGGAGGCACAGAAUGAGCAGACACGAGAACUGAAACUCAAGUACCUAAUCAUUGAAAAUUUCAUCCCCCCUGAAGAGAAGAACAAGAUCAUGAACCGCCUCUACUUUGACUGUGAGGAGGACCAGUGGAAAUUCCAGCCCUUGGUGCUGACUCCAGGGAGUAGUAGCAGCAGCAGCAACAGCAACUCCACCACGGGGACUCAGAUGAAAAAGCGCCCAACUUCUGCAGUGGGAUACAAAAGGCCAAUCAGCCAAUAUGCUCGCCUAGCCAUGUCAAUGGGGUCCCAUCCUCGGUAUCGGGCUGAGAACAUCAUGUUUCUGGAACUAGAUGUCUCUCCCCCAGCUGUAUUUGAGUUUGAGAUCACACAAGACCAAAGUGAACAGGACCCACGAGCAUUGCAUUUGGAGAGGUUGAUGCGCCUAGAUAGCCUCCUGGAGCGACCUGCAGCAUCCCGAGUACGGAAGUCACGAUCUUGGUGCCAGACUCCUCGCACCUUGCCGUCUUCAGCAACACAAGUCUCCCUGUCCUCCAGCUCACAGAACCCUUCCACAGCACUGGCUCACAAAUAAUAUCCCUCGAGCCCUUCCCCUUCCUUCAGAUAUGAGGACUGCGCUCUUUCUGCCACUGAUUGCCUCUGAGAACACAUAGUCCAGGGAGAGGUGUCCCCUGCACUAGCUCAUCUUUGUCUUUAGCUACUUUGUGUGUGUGUGUCUGUAUGAGAUGAUGGCUCCUCGGGGCCCACAUCCCCAGCGUUCUCUGGAUCUGUCACCCAAUCACUCUAUUUAUUUAACAUAUUUAUUUAUGGUGUGUCUUUGUGAUGAUGCAGGUUUCAAGCUGAGCAGCAACUCCAGUUGGUGGAAGGUGCAGUGCUACUGGCUUUCCGUUAGAGUUGGGGAAUUUGCUCAGCGCACAACGUUUCUAGAAGACAAUGCUUGCUUUUUCUUCAUUCCAUGUAUGUUUUAGACGCAGAAGAAAAAAAUAAUUAGAGGGCAAUGAGAACAAUCUGUACUUAGCUCCAGUGGCGGUUCUGUCUGUUUCUUCUGGACUGUGGAAAUCAUAGUCAACUUUGAUGAGUAUACUAUGCAGUGAGGAUGAUGAGCAAAGUAGGCAAGUCUCAGGGGCAGGAUCUUGAUCUCACCAAAAUCUAUGGAUUUCCUUUUGCUUUUGCAAUAAGGGCACAGGUCUCAUUUCAUCUUCUCUUCAAAUCCUCUUCAUCUACUCUCCACGUAGAGAUGUUGCAGAGAAAUAGCCUGGGCAUCGAUCAUGCAAGCAGAACUAUGAGAGGGCUAACUACAGCAUCUUUGUGACUUUGGGAAACAUUCUCUGCACCUGGUUGAGAAAAAGACAAGACAGCUUUAAGCCGCUAAUAAUUAAAAAAAAAAACUUGAUCAACUUA